GACUGACGGUGAGGCCUCGGCGGGUGCGGGGACGCGGGGCAGCGCCGGGAUCCGGGCCGUCUGGGGUGGGGGGCUCCCGGGGCGGUGCGCGGCGGGGAGAGGCGCAGGGCGGCUCGCUCGGCCCGGGCGAUGCAGUGCCCCGAGGGGGCCGCCUGGGGGGCUUCCCGGGCCGGGCUGGGUCGGGCCCACGGGCAGCGCGGCGGGCCCCAGGGAGCGCAGGAGCUCGGAGGGCGGUGGAGUGAGGACCCCGAGCUGGGGACGGCGGCUAAGAGGAACAGGGGUGUCUGGAGGGCCGGUCGGGAAGUGUAUCUGGGCGACUUACAAGGCAGGCCACCCUACUAGAGUGGCAGUCAGAGGACACUUGCUGAAGUCACUUCUUCACUUCCACCAGAUGGGUCCUGGGAAUUGAACUGAGGUGGUCUUUCUACUGGUGAUUAGAAAACUUGACAAAUUUGCUUUCCCCCUUCCUUUGAAGGGUGGGUGAUGAGAACUGGACUCGGGUCCUCAGGAAGAGCAGUGAGCAUUCUUAACCACUGAACUGUCUCCAGCCCAAGGUGUGCCUUUCCUUCCAGCACUUGACAGACCGAAGCAGACAACUUCUGGGAGUUUGAAGCCAGCAAAUUUCAGGGCAAGACCUUGUCCCAAAAUACGAAGUUAUACGGAAACGUCUUCUGAUUGAUGGAGAUGGUGCUGGGGAUGAUCGGAGAAUUAAUCUCCUCGUGAAAAGCUUCAUUAAAUGGUGCAACUCUGGAUCCCAAGAGGAAGGGUAUAGCCAGUACCAACGCAUGCUGAGCACUCUGUCCCAGUGUGAAUUUUCAAUGGGCAAAACAUUGCUGGUAUAUGAUAUGAAUCUCAGAGAAAUGGAAAAUUAUGAAAAAAUAUACAAAGAAAUAGAAUGUAGUAUUGCUGGAGCACAUGAAAAAAUUGCUGAGUGUAAAAAGCAGAUUCUUCAAGCAAAACGAAUACGAAAAAAUCGACAAGAAUAUGACGCUUUGGCCAAAGUGAUCCAGCAUCACCCAGACAGGCAUGAGACACUGAAGGAGCUAGAGGCUCUGGGCAAAGAAUUAGAGCAUCUCUCACAUAUUAAAGAAAGUGUUGAAGAUAAGCUGGAAUUGAGACGGAAACAAUUUCACGUUCUUCUUAGUACCAUCCAUGAACUUCAACAGACAUUGGAGAAUGAUGACAAGCUGUCAGAGGUGGAUGAAGCUCAAGAAAGCACCAUGGAAGCAGACCCUAAGCCAUAGAUGGACUGACCGUCGCCAUUUACAGGGACAGCGAAUAGCUGCAUGGGCUUCCUGGGUUCAGUGUGUUGUACUUUUGGGAUAUUUCAACUUCAGCAUUGAAGUACUUUGCUUUCAAGUAUUCAUGUGUCGUUCAUAUUUCUUCACAGAACGGAAAUGUAUCCCAUAUAUAUGUAUUUUUUAAAUACAUUUUUAUCCUUAAACAUAGAAAUCAGCAUCUGAAAAUAUUUAAUAAAAUGUCUCAAGGUGGA